AUGCCGGGCCUAAACUGGCGCGUAUAUGCUCGUGAUGUGUUCCAUCCAACUGUUUUGCGAGGUGGAGAACUGCACACUGUUGCUUGUAUUUUGACCCCAUUCUUAGCCUACGAACCGCCUCUGACUGAUGUGAUGCGUUCUUGCUUGGGACGGUACGCGUUGUCUCUCAGGUUACCCCGGGAAGUAACGCAUACCUUACGGUCUACUACCAGGCAGCCUGCACGUUGCCGCGCUGGGCCUGGGAGUCCAUCCUUAUGUACCAUACUCAUUGCUGUAGUCCAUUGAUCUGCGUGUGGCCAUUUUGCUUGCUACUUGUCGCGAUAGAUCGAUCCUACGCCGUGAGAAUUUGGAC